CCUUCUCCAUUAGCCACACUGGCCCGGCACAGCGAUGACUGUCACCUACACAGCCCGAGUGGCGAAUGCCCGCUUCGGUGGCUUCUCACAGCUCCUGCUGCUUUGGCGCGGAAGCAUUUACAAGCUCCUGUGGCGAGAGCUGUUGUGUUUCCUGGGGCUCUACAUGGCGCUGAGCGCCGCCUAUCGCUUCUUACUGGCAGAAGGGCAGAAGCGCUACUUCGAGAAGCUUGUCAUGUACUGCGACCAGUACGCCAGCCUCAUCCCUGUGUCUUUCGUGCUUGGUUUCUAUGUGACUUUGGUGGUGCAUCGCUGGUGGAACCAGUACCUAUGCAUGCCUCUGCCCGACGCCCUCAUGUGCGCGGUGGUCGGCACCGUGCAUGGGCGCGACGAUCGAGGCCGCCUCUACCGGCGCACACUCAUGCGCUACGCGGGGCUCUCGGCGGUGCUGAUCCUUCGCUCAGUCAGCACAGCAGUCUUCAAGCGGUUCCCCACCAUAGACCACGUGGUCGAGGCUGGAUUUAUGACCCGCGAGGAGCGCAAGAAGUUCGAGAACUUGAACUCAUCCUACAACAAGUACUGGGUGCCUUGCGUGUGGUUCUCUAGCCUGGCGGCGCAGGCGCGGCGAGAGGGGCGCAUCCGCGACAACAGUGCCCUUAAGCUGCUGCUGGAGGAGCUGAAUGUGUUUCGGAGCAAAUGUGGGAUGCUGUUUCACUACGACUGGAUUAGCAUACCCCUCGUCUACACCCAGGUAGUGACUAUCGCAGUGUACAGCUACUUCCUGGCUUGCCUCAUCGGCCGUCAGUUCCUCGACCCUGCACAGGGCUACAAAGACCACACUUUGGACCUAUGCAUUCCCAUCUUCACCUUACUGCAGUUCUUCUUCUAUGCUGGCUGGCUUAAGGUAGCCGAGCAGCUCAUCAACCCUUUCGGAGAGGACGACGACGACUUUGAGACCAACUUUCUUAUUGACCGCAAUUUCCAGGUGUCGAUGCUGGCAGUGGACGAGAUGUAUGACGACUUGGCUAUGCUGGAGAAAGAUCUAUACUGGGAUGCAGCCGAGGCUCGCGCACCCUAUACCGCGGCCACAGCUUUCUUGCUGCAACAACCCUCCUUCCAGGGUUCCACCUUUGAUAUAGCGCUGGCUAAAGAGGACAUGCAGUUCCAGCGGCCGGAUGGUGUGGAUGGCCCACUGGGAGAGGCUCAUGGAGACUUUCUGCAGCGCCUCCUACCGGCUGGUGCCGGCACCGUGGGCCCACUGGGGCGGCGCCUGUCGCUGUUAAGGCGUAAGAACAGCUGCGUGUCAGAAGCUUCCACUGCAGCCAGCUGCGGGUGUGCAGGCGCUGCAGAUAGCGGAGGCGUUGAGUGCAGUUGUGGAGAGCCAUUGCUCGACCCCAGCCUGCGAGAGCCAGAGCUCGAGCCCCCAACAUGUCCUGAGCCCCCUGCCCUCAUCCCAGGGCAGACUGCUGAAGCUUUUACUACCGUGCCCAUUCCAGUGCCCCGAGCUUCGGCGCCACCUUGGCUGCCCAGCCCUAUUGGAGAGGAGGAAGAGAGUCCGGCCUGA